AUGCUCUUCACAUCUUCGAUUAAUCGUGGCAGGAGAUAUUUAUUUUUAAUUCUCUUCAGCCCUUUUCUCCUCCCUUUGCUCUGUGCCGUGGGCCCUAUUAUUUGCUGUUUGGAAAUAUGUUUCCGCAUACGCCGCCUCCGGCGUCGGCGUCGGCGGAAGACGGCGGAAGUUUACCGUGGAGAUAGAGGAACUAAAGUGGGAUUGUUGCAUUCCAUAAACCUUCUAGUCGACGACGUCGUGGUUGGACCUGUAUAUAAUUGUGGAGACGAGGGUGAAAAUGAAAAAGAAGUAGAGGAAGAUGGGGUUGAUUUUGAAUAUUUCGAAAAUAAUGGUCCUCUUUUUCAAUAUGAAAUGUCAUAG